AUGGAACUAGUUGUGAGGAUGAUGGUGCUACUGUUGUUAUUACAGGAUCAUUAUAAUAAAAAUAAACUAACAAUUCUUCAUCAAAAUAUACGAGGAAUUAUUAAUAAAGUUGAUGAAUUCUUAAAUUCAUUAUCUCUUAAUGCACCUCAAAUUAUCUGCUUAUCGGAACACCACUUGAGAACUGAUGAAAUAAGUGAAGUAAAUUUUAAUCAGUAUACUGUCGGUACUUCCUAUUGUAGACAAACAUACAGUCAUGGAGGUGUGUGUGUUCUUGUUCAUAAGAAUAUCCAAUUUAAUACUAUUAAUCUAGACCAAUUUAACAAAGAGAAGGACCUUGAAAUUUGUGCUUUGAAGUUAAACGUAGCUUCCAACAACUUCACUAUUAUUUGUAUUUAUAGAUCUCCAACCGGCAACUUCUCAUACUUUUUAAAUCAGUUGGAAUUAAUUCUGAACAAAGUACACAAAACAUCAAGUGAAUUAAUUUUAUGUGGUGAUCUCAAUAUAAACUAUCUUAAUGACAGUUCUAGGAAAGAUCUCUUAGAUUCUCUUUUAGCCUCUUUUAAUCUCUUCAGUACGAUUAACUUUCCUACCAGAAUCUCUAAUAACUCUUGCACCUUAAUAGAUAAUAUCUAUAUCAAUACUCAUCGGCAUGAAUAUUCCGUGCACCCUGUUAUUAAUGGUCUAUCAGACCAUGAUGCUCAGGCUAUUACCUUAAAUAAUAUCUCCAUUCCUGUCCCUAAACAUGUAUCCACCUAUACGAGAAACAUUAACAACUACUCGAUAAGUCAGUUUACAUGUCUGUUAAGUUAUGAAAAUUGGGAAGAUGUUUUUCUUGAAACCAAUGUCAAUGUAAUUUUUAAUAAUUUUCUCAACACAUUUCUAAGAAUCUUCUAUUCAUGUUUUCCUGUGAAAAAAUCCCAGUACUCUUAUAAACAAAAACCAUGGCUAACUACUGGUAUUAGAAUUUCAUGUGCAAAUAAAAGCCAAAUUUCAAGGAAUAUUACAAGAAAUAUUGUCGAACCUUGGCUAGGGUCAUUAUGGCAGCAAAAAAAUUUUAUUAUAAUAAACUUCUAUUAAAAUCUAAUAAUAAGACCAAAACCACUUGGAACAUACUUAAAACCAUUACUAAUAUUAGAAGUCAUAGUAAUAAUAUAUCUUCAAUGACAAUAAAGGAUAAAUUAUCAUGUAAUCCAUUAGCCAUAGCAAAUGCAUUUAAUACUUACUUUUCAUCUGUAGCUGAAAAUUUACUUACCAAAAAUGUCUCUAGAA